GCGCCGUCAUCAUGGGCGGUCGGGAUCGAAGCUCCGCCGGUAACCGAGAGUUCCCGUUAACCGAGUGAGACUCGAAUAUUAAGUCGAAUAUUAAAACGGAGACGUGAUAUUAGGGGGAAUAAAUUCCUAUUCUCGACUGGUCGUCGAAAGGAAUAAUUUAACGGGGUUGCGAGUUACUCGAAUGGUUGCCCCGGUGAAAGAGACAUGGUUAUGUACGAUAAAGUGAUAAUAUCCUGAGCGAAUUCGAGAGCUGGUCGAGAAGCGGUCGGGGAAAGGUGGUGCCGUAGAAAGGAGAAGAAUGGAUUGGCUCAGGAGACAGGACGCGAGGGAGGAACUGGAGCCGGCCAGGGACAGCCCGGAAGCGAAGACAGCUGCGCUCACGCCGGAUGAAGGAGAAGAGUGCUACUUCGAGGAGGACGCCUCUAUGGACGAGGGAAUGGGUCUGGAUAAUGUCAGCUCGGCGACCCUAAGGCCCUUCAACUCCGACAUGAACACACCCAGGAUUGACAGCUACAGGUUCUCCAUGGCGAACCUGGAAGAUUCACAAGAUGUCGACCUGGAUGCGAUCCUCGGGGAAUUGUGUGCCCUGGAACGUCGUUGCGACGGCGACAUCGCCGCGACGCCUUCCGGAGAUGCCCAACGUCCGGGUCGACCAAACAGCACGAGGAUCAAUCAGGGAGACGGUAGCGACAUCGGCAAAAAUGAAGGUGGAAUGCGAACGGACAGUCCGGACAACGACAGUGCCUUCUCGGACACUGUGUCCAUGUUGUCCAGCGAGAGCUCGGCGAGCAGCAGCGGAUCAGGACACAAACCACCUCAGACCGCCAUGCACACAACCCCUCAACAGCAACCCCAUCAACUCAUGGAUGCUGCUAGCAGAGCCAAGGCGGAGAAGAUUCGCCUGGCCCUGGAGAAGAUGAGGGAGGCCAGUGUCCAGAAACUCUUCAUCAAGGCCUUCACCCUAGACGGUAGCGGGAAAAGCCUCCUCGUGGACGAGGGCAUGAGCGUCGCUCACGUUUGCAGACUGUUGGCUGACAAGAAUCACGUGCCGAUGGACCCAAAGUGGGCAGUAGUGGAGCACCUCCCCGACUUGUUUAUGGAGAGAGUUUACGAGGACCACGAGCUGUUGGUGGAGAACCUGCUUCUGUGGACGAGGGACUCGAAGAACAAGCUGCUCUUCGUGGAACGACCCGACAAGACGCAUCUCUUCCUCAGCCCCGAAAGAUUUCUUCUGGGUCCAUCCGACAGGAGCACCGCCGAGUACGACGACCAUUCGAGGAACAUCCUCCUCGAGGAGUUCUUCUCGAGCAGCAACGUCGGCGUGCCCGAGGUCGAGGGGCCACUGUACCUGAAGUCGGAUAGCAAGAAGGGCUGGAAGAGGUACCACUUUAUCCUGCGUGCCUCGGGACUUUACUAUUGGCCCAAGGAAAAGGCCCGAACAGCUAGAGAUUUGGUUUGUCUGGCGACGUUUGACGUCAAUCAAGUAUACUACGGAGUGGGUUGGAAGAAGAAGUACAAAGCACCAACCGAUUUCUGCUUUGCCGUGAAGCAUCCUCGACUUCAACAGCCGAAAUCUACAAAGUACAUUAAAUUCCUUUGCGCCGAAGACAACGCGUCCUUGGAGAGAUGGAUGGUCGCCAUCAGGGUCGCGAAGUAUGGAAGACAGCUGAUGGAGAACUACAGGACCCUGGUGGACGAGCUAGCGCAGGAGGAUCUGGACCUUUUAGCUCAUGCCCGAUCAUGUUCCGUCAGUUCCAUCGCCGUACCACCUAACCAGAUGCAGUACAAUACGACUAAUGACAAUGCCAGACAGUUUACCGAGAUUUCGAGGCACACGACGACGAACGACACGAGACAAUACGAUGGACAACAGACACGACCGAACUAUAAUCCGGAGCAAAGGCAAAGCUACAAUAACGAUGGUAGACUCAGCAGAGCCAGUAGUUCCAGUUCCAGUGGAUGUCUAUCGGAUGGGGCACCAAGUAGUUGCGAGGUGGCUUUCGAGUGCGGCGAGUUCCCCACUGGGACGAUUAAGAGGAAGCCUUCGAUGAACCCAAAGCUUCCCUUGACAUCCAUCACUCGACAGCUGAAGGAAGUCGGAGAAACGGUCCGCGACGAGCCCGACUCUUGUCCGAGUCCUACGAGCUCAGGGUCAGGAACCUUGACUCGAAGGCACAGCAGAAGAAGAAGCGGUACCGACUCCGAUGGCUCUGGGACCUUGAAGAGACACCACAGGUCUGGAAACGCCACUCCUGUUAGUCCAGUUCCUCCGAGCACUCCCGUGAGGGAGAGGACCAGUCCUAUGGGCUACACCAGGACAGACAGUCAGGAGGCGAAGACACCUACUAGUCCGAUACAGCCUUGUAUGAUGGAUUCCAUAGUAUCUCUGCCGCCACCGCCUUCCCCGCCGAGAGUAGCAGAAGAAGCAGAGUCUGAUGGAGAACCGCUGCCGCCGCCGCCUCCGGAAAUGUUCAGAUCGAAUCUCUCGUUGGACUCCCUCCCACCCCCGCCAGCACCUGGAGAAUUUCCGAUGUGCAAUACACCGGAACUCACGGGAUCUUCUCUCAGCCUGGCUUCUCUUCCACCACCCCCCAGCCCUCUGGUCGGGGAGACCGGAACCAUAAGACGAGCCAGACCCAAGCAGGCGACCCCAACGAAUCCCUUAUCUCCAGACAGCACCCCAACCCACAGUCCAAGACCAGCGGCCAAUCAAAUCUACUCGAGUAUAAAUCCCACGAUUCAAAGUAGUCCAUCGCAGCCCAAUCAAACCUAUUCCUCCAGUCAACCCCCUGUCACCGGCAACGGCGCCAAUUGUUCGCCUCACAAUUCUUACCCCGGUUCAAAUGCAAGUACCCCAACAUAUGCCCCUAGUUCCCCCAAUUUCAGCACGCCUCCUCCAUUCGUGCCGCCCCCUGCAUAUGGAACGCAGCAAACAAACUCCCAGCUCUCCAGGCAGAACUCCAAAACGGAGCCCGUUUACGGGGUUCAUCAGGGUCUCCAUCAGGCGGUCCAAGCCAUAAGGCCCAAUCCCAACAUGGACACCGUUAGGAGAAGUGCCAUGAAACAAGGCUCCGGGCACUAUGCAACUCCUCCAUAUCUCGCGGAGCUUAAAGCCGCUUCGAGUCCUCAACCCCAGCGUCGGGUGACGAUCCAAGAGCCGCCGACGUCCCCAAAAUCGAAGACAGGUACAGGGAAGAAGAUCACGUUCAAUCUGCCACCCCAACAGGAGCCUGGAAGCCCUGCCCUACCGCAACGCAAACCCAUGCCUCCCAGGAGAUCCGACAGUACGAGGUUGACUUCUCCCAAGAAGCUCGCAGCUUCCGACCAAGCCCCACCUGGAGACUUCCUGAAAGACCUACAGAGGGUCAUGAGGAAGAAGUGGCAAGUCGCGCAGAAGUGUAAGCUGGAUUCGACCACUACGCCUCAUGAGGUUCUGGGAUUCAGGGACCCGCCCCCGGCCAUUGCUGAUUAUCGCGAGACCAACGUGUCCAACUGGGUCCAAGAGCACUAUGGAACUGACAAUUUAUACGAGAACGUCUACACGACGGAUCCCAAUGCUCCUGUCGAGUACGCAUCCAGUCCUGCCCAUCAGCCUGGCACCGUUAGGUUUGCCGACGAGAACCGGUGCAACAAUAUCGCCAGCGCCAUCGCCAGCAAGAGGAGACCGCCGCCACCACCUCCGAAAAGGGCGGAGACCACGCAUUUAACCAGCAGGGCGAUGCACUGACAAUAGCAGAGAGUCCAAUCCCACCCUGAAAGGAGGUGGUAUUGCUGUCUCUGCAGCUGGUGGAAGGACUGAGACCACUCACGGUGGACGUUUCUUGGUCCUUUCUGGAGAACCUGGAGAACCAUUGUUUCGUCCACUGGAACCUGAAGCGAGGCACCGUGGAUCUGCUUGAAAAGCAGGGACGAGCUCGACCCCGACUAACCGAACGAAUCCUAUAGUGUAUUAUCGAUAAUCGUCAUGGAUCAUGGAUUAUAUGUAUCAUUAUCGUGUUAUGUAUCUUGUUGAGGUUGAGCUUCCAUGUGGUGCACGUUACCAAGGUGUGCGUCGAUGUCCUUGUAACGAUGCUCAGGGACCGAUCUGGCUUGGAGAACCUCGAAGACCUUGUCUCGAGGACCUCGAUGAUCGGAAGUACUCCGGACAACUUGGGAUAGGUCGGGGCUGCGACCUAGAAUAUUGAUAGAAGUUUCUUGAGCAACCUCGGACAUCCUUCCUGGGAAUCUUGGUUUCGAAAACCCAGGGGCACUAUAGAAGACCCAGGGUAGCUCGAGGACACUGCCAAGGAAAUGCCGUUGAGUGAUGGGGACGCUGAUCCUGAAGAUGUUGGGCUUUGCAAACCCCUGAAGAGGCCCAGAACGCAACCAGGACUCGCUGUCUAGCUCACAAGGAAACACUGCCGCACACGUUAAGGAUGUGAUAUAAACCCUAGGUCAGCUUUAUCAACGCAUCGGACGAGUCGCCAACAUAUUACCGUGGGUUCUGAUACGCAUUUUUACGCAAAGGGGACACGCGGGGAACACGCAGACGUGCCGCGCGGCCCCAGGUGGAGUUAAACACGGAAAACUGGAUAAGGUCUCUUGACUUCACCUGGAGUCGACGAUGCUGAUACUCCAGAACAUAAUGGUGGACCGCAAAUCAUACACAGUCAUAUCGACCUCUCGUGAUAUCUCCGAUCAUCUUUCCACCCCUGUCGAAAGUUCGCUGAUCGUCAGGCUCCCGGUUUUGCGCGAAUUUGGGAUACCUGUCCAGUUUGAUACGAAUUUGGGAAACCUCCGAAUUAUCAGAUUUAUAAAGUAAGCUAAUACGUGUCCCCAAUGUGGCUGCCGAGCCCGCUGGCUGAACGGUGGGCCUGCUACUUUUGCAUAUUUUGUAACGCGCAAAGGAAAAAGUUUUAUAAUCAAGGUGCUUUAUAUAUGACAUAUACACUGUGACUCUACGUUAGGAUUAAACGCUGUAAUAUGGUAUAUAUAUACAUAGGCAUACACACGGAAUCGCGCGCAUAGGUAGUUAGGUAGUUAGGAACCUCUUACAUACGGUUUAUACCUUAACGAGACCGUGGAAACGUGUAAAUGCGGAAACGCGAUAAUACGAAACUUGAUGUGCGAUUGAAAUUAACUUAAGACCGAAGCAUACGCGGUAAACCCGGCAAAUCGAUGACCACGCGAGUUCCAUCACCACGCGACACUCCCACAUAUUAUAACUGAGAUCUCGUUUAUGCCAUUUUUUGAUAACGAUAUACAUAAAGCAUCGCAAGUGUGACUCGUCAGGCUCGAAUCGAGUACCUUUACGUAGAGGUGCGAGUCUUCUCUUUUCCCCGAUGCAAGUACGCGAGUGGUCGAUGAUAGUUUCUGCGUCGAGUCGCGGCUUAAUCGAAGGAGGGUCUGCCUUCGUUAAAAGUCCCAUUGUCGAAAUUUUCCCCUCCCUUUCUAUUAGGAAAAGUGAGCCCUUAUUGUCGUGCGUCUUCGAAAACGAAGUGCCUAGAGUUUCGCAUUGGCCCUCGAGCCUGAGGUACUUUAAGAGUCCGGGUCGAGUCUAAAUUUUCAAUUAAUUGAUUAAGGGCCUCCAUGAUGAACCCUAACGAAGGGUUUGCAUAAAUUUUAGGCGAAUUACUGUAGCUAGCUAUUGGCACUUUUCCAUAUACUCGACAUUUUGGUCCAUUGGUAGCUGUACCGAUAUUAGCAUCGAAGGGCGUGGACUGAUUAAUUCGACGUCGAUUAUGGACUUAAUCAGUCAUGUUACCUCAAAAUUCGCCGGAACUGAUGACCGGAAAACUGCCAUGAUUUAGGGUCGAGUUUUAGACUAGAGAUUUUCGCGACUGCUCGAGUACUUCGCGGUCUUAGUUUUAAGAAUUGUACGCGAACGUGCGUGUACCUAGCCGAUUAAUUGCGAGGUACACCACGGGAUAACCCCUCGUCGGGGCGAGUAGUUAUACAAAAUCGAGAGGAGAACUUUUUGGGACUAAUCGAUUAAAUCGAAUCCCAUGAUAGGUAAAAACGAAGGACCCGUAUCAAAUUUCUAUUCGUCUUAAGGUAUACGGCUAAGAGUACUUUUUGGAUCCCUCGAAGUAAUACUCUUCACGUCCACGUAUGAGACUGGUUAAAAAGGAAAAAGGGAGAAAUUACGAAAAUUAAGUGCGAUGCUCCGAAGGGGUAACCUACCGACACCUCUUCACUUUUCGAACUUUUUCGAAGAGGAAGGCUUUAGGGAAGAAGCACGUCCUAACUUUACGAGGAACUUUAUGAUUGGCGAUUUACGGCUCCCGUUUGAUGGGACUAGAUAGCGCGAUACGUGUAAUCAAAUCGAACCAAUUUACCGAUCCCGGAGACUAAACCGAUGUGUCUGGAUGUUUAAUCGAUAUGCAGUAACGGGAGGAACAUUCAUGUAAUUUCGUAAAUCGUGAGCAUGUGUGUACGUGCUUUCGCAUGAGAUUUCCGAAAUUGGUGUCUCUUUGGUUCUUUUUUUCUUCUUUUAUUUUAUUUUAUUUUUUUCAUGCGAAGACCUAACGGGCAGCGCGAAGCAGGUUAGACAAUACGGUUCGAUAAUUUGUCUGAUAAAAUUGAGAGAUUUUUAUUUUCAUUCAAUGGGGUCGUCAGGAAUGAAUUGUUCUUUUUAACGACGAAGCGCGAGAAGAGGGAUUUGAAAGGUUCGACGGAAACGUUCAUUAUUUACAUGUUUUUCUCUUAAUUAUUGCGGGUCUCGUGGCCUCCCUUAAGGCUUGCGAGGAAAAUAGAAUUUUGAUUUUCCCAAUUUAAAUCGAAAACGGUAACGAUUCGUCGGAGCAAAGAUCUCCCGUGGGAUGUUAAUUCUCAGUGCAAUUGGCGAAAGUGUAACUCGAAAUUUUGACUAAUCUGUAGCGGGCGAUAUAAUAUUUUCUACUAUAUCGUAAUAUUUCCUCUUAACUUCUAUCUCUUAAGUUGUACGUACGUUUGUGUAAAUAUUGUAACGAAUGGUACUACGAGGAUGAAAAUUAUUAUCGAAGAUAUUCGCGAGCGACUAAUAUAAACAGACUAUUUAUGGACGAGAGAGGGAGAUAGAUUGCGUUUGAAGAAAUUCUUUGUCAGGAGUGAUAAGGAGGAAAUUUUCGAUAAUUGGCGAUUAAGCCUCUUUCCCGAGGAGGUAGUGCUGGUAAAUGCAAUUUCCUUGGGUCUUGACAUAAUAUGCCCGGUUUGUACGCUGAUCUAUUUAUGCGAAUGGACGAGACUCGUUUUCAAGGCUUUCGAAUUUUUUCUGCCUGUACUUUAUUUGUCUAUACUUCGGUAGAGAGUAGAGUUUUAGUCCUUUUUACAGGUUCUUUCAUCGAUGCGAGUGUGUUCGACUUUAGGAUUGUGACAAUACCAUUAUUUUGAGACUCAAUGCCAGUUGUUCGGGUACGAUGCUGAGGAAAGCGCGCUGCGGUUGAAAUAUUAUAGGUAUUAUAUUCAUGUUUUUAUGUAAAUAAAUUUUUGGUAUAUUUCAAACAU